UCGACUGGGUCGGUCCGCUGAGGUGCCCGAUCCCCUCACAGCUGGGACGCGCCGAACUCCCAGCAGGAGUCCGCUCUUUGGAGCCUGGUCCCUCCCUUCCCCUUCCCUGCCCCUUCCCCCACCCCCGACGCGGGCUCCGCGCGGCGGCCAGAGGAACCCCGAGCAGCCGACCGCGGUCCCUGAGCCAGAGGAAUGGAGAACUCCUCGGCAGCAUCGGCCUCCUCUGAGGCGGGAAGCAGCCGCUCCCAGGAGAUCGAGGAGCUGGAGCGGUUCAUUGACAGCUACGUGCUAGAGUACCAGGUGCAGGGGCUGCUGACCGACAAGACAGAGGGUGACGUCGAGAGCCAGAGGACACAGGCCCAUAUCUCCCAGUGGACUGCUGACUGCAGAGAGCAGCUGGAUGGUAGCUGUUCCUUCUCCAGAGGGAGAGCCCCGCCACAGCAGAAUGGCAACAAAGACAACUCCCUGGACAUGCUGGGCACAGAUAUCUGGGCCGCCAAUACCUUUGAUUCCUUCAGUGGUGCCACCUGGGACCUGCAGCCUGAAAAGCUGGAUUUCACCCAGUUUCAUCGAAAGGUCCGCCACACACCCAAGCAGCCCCUGCCACACAUCGACAGAGAAGGGUGUGGAAAGGGGAAGCAGGAAGAUGGAGACGGUAUCAACCUGAACGACAUUGAGAAGGUCCUCCCGACCUGGCAGGGCUACCAUCCGAUGCCCCAUGAAGCAGAGAUUGCACAUACCAAGAAGUUGUUCCGAAGGAGGAGAAACGACCGAAGACGGCAGCAAAGACCUCCAGGAGGGAACAAGCCCCAACAACAUGGUGACCAUCAGCCAGGCAGUGCCAAACACAACAGGGACCACCAGAAAUCUUACCAGGGGGGCUCAGGGCCCCACCCCUCAGGGAGGUCCACACACCAUGGCUACAGCCAGAACCGACGCUGGCAUCAUGGCAACAUGAAGCAUCCACCAGGAGACAAGGGAGAAGCGGGCAGCCACCGCAACGCCAAAGAGACCGUGACCGUUGAGAACCCCAAACUUGAAGACGGCCCGGGGGACACCGGACACAGUGGCCUUGAGCCCCCCUGCAGCCCUGACACUCUGACCCCAACAGCUUCCGAGAGGCCAACCCCUCAGCCGCCAGGGGGGCCUGAGACUGAGACAAAGCAUAAAGACACUGUUCUUCCCGAGCGUCUCGGGGAGCGUCCCAAAAUCACCCUGCUCCAGUCUUCCAAAGACAGGCUGAGACGAAGGCUGAAAGAAAAGGUACCGGACAUCCCGAAUCCCACUGAGACUUCAGCUCCACUGAGGUGUGUUUUAUGUGUCCCCCAUGCCCCCCAGGACGAAGUCGCAGUAGAGACAGUCAGCCCUCAGCCAAACAAGAUGGACAGGCUGACGGAGAUCCUGAACAGCAUGAGGAAUAACAGCAGCGACGUGGACACCAAGCUCACCUCCUUCAUGGAGGAGGCGCAGAACUCCACCAACUCUGAGGAGAUGCUGGGAGAGAUCGUCAGGACCAUCUACCAGAAGGCGGUGUCAGACCGCAGCUUCGCCUUCACGGCGGCCAAGCUCUGCGACAAGAUGGCUCUCUUCAUGGUCGAGGGGACCAAGUUCCGGAGCCUGCUCCUCAACACGCUCCAGAAGGACUUCACCGUGCGUGAGGAGCUGCAGCAGCAGGAUGUGGAGCGCUGGCUGGGCUUCAUCACCUUCCUGUGUGAGGUGUUCGGCACCAUGCGGAGCAGCACUGGCGAGCCCUUCCGAGUGCUGGUGUGUCCCAUCUACACAUGCCUCAGGGAGCUCUUGCAGUCUCAGGAUGUGAAGGAAGAUGCCGUCCUCUGCUGUUCCAUGGAGCUACAAAGCACAGGCCGGCUGCUGGAGGAGCAGCUACCAGAGAUGAUGACGGAGCUCCUAGCCAGCGCGAGAGAUAAGAUGCUGUGCCCCUCAGAGUCCAUGCUAACCCGGUCCCUACUCCUGGAGGUCAUCGAGCUCCACGCCAACAGCUGGAACCCUCUGACGCCCCCCAUCACGCAGUACUACAACAGGACCAUCCAGAAAUUGACAGCCUGAAAGCCAAGGGGGCCUGGCGGGCAGCCCAUGGGCAGCUGGGGCCCUGGUGCACAGGGCCAGAUGGACACACGAAAGGACAGGGGUGGCCCUGGCGGAAAAGAGAACUGAGUAGGGAGGCAGGUAGCAACGGUGGCCAGUCUGGAGCCAGCGGAGGAAGGGAUUGGAUCCCUCAGAAGGGCUCCCCGUGCAGCCCUCCCCCCCCCACCCCCCAGCCUGCAUGUGAGCAUGUGGCAGCUCACACCAAGGGAAGCAUGUCUCUUUGUCCUGGUGGUCGCCCGCCCUUGCUCUCUUCUCCUCAGCUCUAGUCCUCCCCGCCCCCUACCUUCCAGCCCAUCCCCCAUAGAGCUUUAUGGGAGGAAUCUCUGCCUCUCCUCACUGUCUACAGCUGCCUCUCAGCCUCCCACACCUCUGGCCACCGCUUGGGUCAGCCAGGACUGCUGAAGGCUGAAAAAGUGGGUCGAGACGGCUCUCAUUGUUCCCACGUGCUGUCAGCCACGGUCGCCAACUGGCAGCAGGCAGCGUGCAGCAGAUGUCUGGGAGGACAAAGGCAGGCACGGUCCCCACCAGCCGCCCAUAAUUGAUGGCCUUUGUCAGCCCCAGCGGAGCUGGAGAGAGGCUUUUUUUUCUCCUCUAACCUUCGUGCUCCACCCUCCAACCCUCAGCCUCCAGCCCCAGGGCCCGCUGCUCCCCCAGGCAGAGAAGGGAGCCGGGGCUCACAGCUCAGCUUGAAUCCUUUUAUUUUGUUUUUCAAAAGUCGGUUGCUUUGAAGUCUAUUUUCCUCAAUGAAAAUGCCCUAGAUUUUGUGAUCACAUAGUUAUCCCUCAAGGAUCCCCUGAUUAGUGGGAGAUCAAACCCUGGCCCCCUCUGGAAAGAAUCUAGCCACUAGCAGCUUGCCAGUAGCCAGCUAGUAAUUGGAAACUUCUGCCCCAAUGGGGGUCCCCACUGGAAUCCUGUGUUCCUGGGCCUCUGUCCUGCAGUGCCUCUGUUCUGUCCACUGCUAGCUUCCAAAGGGCUGAUACUGUCCCCUGGACUGACUGCCUUAGGACCUGCCCUAGCCCCUGUUAUGGCAAACGGGGCCAGAAACGAGGCUGGCAAAUUAAAACCAAAUGCAGGUUUUGUUCCAAGCAACUGUUGGGGGAAGAGCCCACUGCUGGCUCCACGGGUCUUGGAGCCUCUUUCAUGAUCCUUUGCCUCAGCCCAAGCAAGACCCACAAGCCCUACCUCCAAGGCUGCUGGGGAGAGGGGAAAAUCGUUGGGUCCUGAUUGAGACGGUUUGGUAGGCGACCAGGCAGACAGCCAAAUGAAGUUCUUCAGGCUAGAAACAAAGCUCUGGUUUCUUUGGAGGCUCUGGUCCCAGGGAACAACCACUUCUACAAUGGCUAGGGAGAAGGACGAGGCGGUCCGAGAGGCUAGUCUUGCUAGGAUGGCUGCUGCCUCCUCCGCCUCAUCUGCCUCAUCUCUGGGAAGCUGAAACCCACACUUUGAUGAUCCCCCAGAACAACAUGUGUUCAAGCCCAGGGGCUUCCCAGUUCGCUCCUUUCACUGGAUCUGGUCCUACCUAGAUCAUGGUGAAGGCUUUUAACCGAUGGUUCUCAACCUAUGGAUUGUGACCCCUGUGGAGAAUCAAACAACCCUUUCACAAGGAUACUUAUCAGAUUCCCCCGAGCAUCUGUUACGAUUCAUGACGGUAGCAAAGUUAACAACUGUGAAGUAGCAACGAAAAUAAUUUUGUGGUUGGGGGUCACAGCUGCAGGAGGAAGAGCAAGAGUGUUCAAGUUCCCAGCAUCGGGAAGGUCGAGAACCACUGCUCUCCAGGCCUCCUACUUGAAUUCAGGCUGUCUAGAGUGAAAAGGAACGACACUUUCUCUUAAUGUCCCAAGUCUAGAAGAGUAGAAAGGGACUCAGGUGGGGAGGGAGAGGUCCCGAGUUCUCUCUGGCUGUCUCCAAUUGAAGUGUUCAGGUCCCAAGAUGGCGCCUCUGAAGGGGGCUGCCGGGAAUGCGGUAUAGAGGUCAUGGUUACCCCAGCUUUGAUCUCUUUUCUUCCUCUCCUGCUUCCUCUCCUUCUUUUCUCUGCUUCUUGCUGCCUUGUCUCCCAUCCCAGCCCCUAGGCUGAGCCUGGAGCCCAGGGACGCCAUAAGCCGCACAGAAGGUGUUGAGGGAAGAGCAGGGCAGGUGGAAUGCACAGAGAAGACACCAGGGAAAUCAUACUCAUGAAGAGUUAGGCAGCCCAGGCCCACAGGCACCUGCUCCCUGCAUCCUCAGGGAGCCACAGGUGUGUUUGCUUGGCCUGCUUCCCAGGUGUCUUCUAUAGGGUGGUGUGUGUGUGUGUGUGUGUGUGUGUGUGUGUGUGUGUGUACACACAUGUAUGUACAUUUGCAUCUGCUAAGAGUGAAGCAGGGCCAUGAGGAAGAAAGAGGCUGAUAGUGGGGACUUAAGCCGCAGUAGAGGGGUCCCCUAGACUCCUCAUUGGGCUCACAGAGUAGGCUCCACACAGGGGCUCCCAAACACUGUAGAGGGGCUAGUAUCCCCUAAACAGGCAGAGACCAUGGUUUUGUGGGCACCGUGGGCCUAAUCAGCUCCUUCUUAAUGUCCUGGGGGAGGGGGGGAUCUUGUCUCAAGAGCAUCCCCUCCCAGGGCCUUGAGGACCAGUAUGAAGAUGCAAGAUAUAAAUAUGUAUACAUAUAUAAAUAUAUUUUUAAUUACAUGUUGUGUCCCGGUGGCUCCAGACUUGCAGUUGCCUAGUGUAUUCCAUUGCUUGAAACCACUUCCUGGUCCAUCCUGAUAGGACACUUCCAGCCGUCUGUCUGUCUGUCUGUUUUAAAUGCAGAUCCCUGUUACUUUUUUCAGAAACGGAAAGAAAACUUUUUAUUAUUAUUAUUAUUAUUAUUUUAUUGUUUAAAGAGACAACAGUAAAGCCUAAAAUCUAAAAGGCUGAGGGCCUUCCUGGGGGGGGGGGAACUACUCAAGCAGGAAGUGGGGGACUUGCAGACACCCACAAACCCUGACCUCCCCAGGCCAGAGCUUCUCCUGCUGCCAGAGGAACGGCCUAUCAAAGCCCGCCUCUGAUGAAAGAACAGGGGGCAAGGCGUCUCUCAGACUUGUGUUUUCCUGUCUGGCCAUGACCAUCUGAUUCUGAGCCUUUUUAGGCUCCCCUACCUGUCAGGACAAGUUGGUCCUUGUUCUCCACGCAAGUGACCUGCAGGUCACUGUCAUCCUCUUGAACUGGCCGUAUUGCCUAACUAAGCUCUGGGACCACAGCUCCUGCCAGGCUCUCGACUUCCCCGGGACAAGGCCAGGACUCCCACCAUCAACCACAGGGAACCUCUUCCCCUCCCCCCAAAACCACCUUCAUCCAUGCUUCCUUCUUCAUCCAGUCUGUAAACCUUUACAGUUUGAAAAUCAUCUUGUCCAUUUGUGUAAAUGUAAAUGUUGACCCAAUUGGUAUUUAUUCUAAUUUUUAUUGUAUUUUAUUUUAUUUUGUCUGGGGGUGGGAGGGUGGGAAGUAUACCACAGGUUGCAACCAAGGGCAGCUGCAGGGAUGCAGCCCAGGAAGCAAGAGAAGCAGCUCCUUGGGGCCACUCUAGAUGGCAGCCUCUGAGUAACCACAUCCUAGGCUGUUAUCUGGAAUCAGAAGCCAGACAGUGUUCCUUGUCCCAUACACUCAGGCCUGCCCAUGGCGUGAUGUCCCUCAGCUGCCUGGCACUGUGUUGGAAAACCUCUGACUGGGUCUUUGAGGAGGUGGGUUGGAGAGAAUAGAAUUCUCCUCUGCUCAGUAGUACACUUGCCCCAGAAGAUGGAUCUGGAGCCUCACCUGAGCCAGCCGGGAGCCUGAGAACAGGACCUACCUCCCUGCAGCAGGGUCUGGAGAUUGCCGCCAAAGCUAAGGGCCAAUCCUGCUCGCACCAUCCCCUUCCCUUGUAUAUCCCUGCUUCCCAGCCGAACCCAAACUACAAGUGGGUUUAAAAAAAAAAUAAAUGAUACCAAAAA